AAAAUCAUUGCUAUUGCAUUUCACUGCUAGGUGGGGCUUGUACAGUAAUCUAACAAUAAGAUUGUCAGAAAUGGAUUGGUAUUCUAAUAAUUUGGGCAGUGACGAAUACAGUGGACUUCAAACUGUUUAAGUACUCCACAUAGAGAGGCAUCUUUAUUUCAGUGGAGCAUUGGCUGCUGUGAAAGUAGGCGCGUUAUAUUGUAAUUGAGUUGUAUAGUAAGACUUGGUGCCUGUAACAAUGUGGAUUUUCCGCAGUGCCUUCCCAAUCCUUUUGGUUCUGUUUGCCAGUGCAGUUACUGAGCAGAUUGAUAUGCCUUCACCUGAAAAAGAAGAUAUCAGGAGCAAUAGUACAGGAGAAAACUGCAAAGAUAUUCCUGACUUUGAACGGUGCAAGUUGAACACUUGCCCAGAGCAUAUGCCUUGUUAUUGUAAGGACAACAAAGAAUACUGCAGGUGUUCAAAUUUUAAAGGCCCCUUCGGAGAUUAUUGGUACAUGGGGUCCUAUUGUGACCAAGAAUGGAGCUUUCUUGACUUGAUUUUAGUGGCUGUCCUUCCUGGUGUCUGUCUCACUCUUAUUGUUGCCAUCACUAUGCACUUUGUAUACAGGAAACAGAAACUAGACGCCUUGGCAAGAGUCAAUGAAAGCACGAAAGUGAGCAGAGCACAUCUGGUUGAUGCAAAUAAAUACAGGGACCUUCACAACCCACAGCAGAGAAUGUCGGUGGUGUAUUCCGUGGCCGCACCGGAAGAAUCCACUUUUGAAUCAUCUUCGUGGGUUCCUAGGGCUAACUUCAGCACCUAUCAACCUCAACCGAAUAUGCCUGAAUCGACUUUUACAAACCCGCUGAACCAUGCACAAAGUGAAUUGCACCUUAAUUCUCCCAACUCCCAAGUAGCACUAUUUCAGCAAGACUUGAACCCCAGGGUGGAUUAUUUGCAAUCUGUUCCAAACUACAAUAAUGCAUUUCAGGGGAGGAGAGCACAAGGGUUGCCCCAAACGCAUCAGAACCUGGGUCAAUUCAUGAUGCGCAACCCCAGCAAUUAUGGAAGAUUUAAUUAUUGAGUGGAAACAUGCCGAACAAACAAAAUCUAUCUGGUGUCAUUAAUAACAUAGUUCAAGGAGAACAACUAAUUGCUUCCUAAUAAAUAAAAUCGAUGCAUCAAUAAUCAAUCAGAUUGAGAUGACAAUAAAGAUCAUAAACAGUGCUGAGGGAAACUGUUGAUGGGAGGAAUGAGGAGGGGGGUGAAUAAUUAUACUUGUCAAGGCUGGGUGUGCUGACAAGUGAAAUCCAUCCCAAUUUGGCAGUGGUAGUGUUGAGCUAGUAUUGAAUGUGCCAAGGUCAGAUAUACCCAACAAUGUGCCUCAACCCCACCUCAGAAGUUUGAAAUUCCCACAGCUCUCCAGGUAUCACAAUCUCCAGGCGAGGUUGCCAAUAUGUAUCUUGGACCUAUUUCAGAUAGGAUUUUUAAUCCCAGCACAAACCACCAGCAUUACCAAACAAAAGGAGAUAAAAAGAGAUGAGAAACAAAAAAAAAAGAUUGCUUUAAAUAUAAUUUGGCAUAAUUGUUAAAUUUCAGAUUUUUUUUCUAUUCUGAUGUCAAUAUUUGCACACUAAACAAAAGUGAUUCCAAGACCAGAAGUUAUUCCUGGAAUGCGUAUGGCACAUGUUAAACUGAUUAUUACUAGACAAGUUUAUAAUGAUUGUUGACAUCAUAAAAUACUAUUCCAUACAUUAGGUGUGGAAAAUAAUUCUGUAAUCCAAGGGCAAAAAUAACUGGGUAGUAACACAUCAGGAAUCCAAUAUUCUUUGCAGUUCUACAUGAUAAUGUCAUUAUCUUUUCAAAUCCCAGGCUAUGGGUUGAAAUAGUAAUAGAAAUAAAAUGCAGCAAUUCUCAUAAAUUCAAUUCUUGUCAUGGAAUGCAUUAUCUUAGAAAGGUUAAACAGUACCUAGAUUCUUGCUGCUCAGUUUUAAGCAGUGAUCUGAGUUUGUAGUUUAGAUACCUGAAAUGAACAGCUUAAUCUUCCCUGUUUUAUUCUAAGAUUAUACCUGUAUCCACGAGUUGCUGCCUUGUUACCCUCUGAGAGAUAUCCACUACCUUAUAAUUGUCAGCAUAUCAAUCAGUGAUAUUGCGACAUUUCAACCCUCAAAUUGCAAGGACUGAAAUUGUCUAUUACUGGACAAUCUGGUGCUUACUACGUGCAUUGAUUGCGACUCCCCCUUAGGGUCUGUAAUGUACCUGAUCUGGUUUUUUUUUUCGUGUUUUCAAUCAAUUAUCAACAAUGCAUUUGCUUUGCACCAACAGACGAAUAAAUGGCGUAACUGCAUUUAAAAAAAAA